AUGGACCUCGGAGCAUCCCAAGAUAUCUUGGGCGGUCACACCCCAUGUGCAUCUCUGGUGGCGCCAGUGAUAGCUGGAGCAGAGAUUCUAAGCCUGAGUGCGGUCGAAGUGGAGAGUAUCAGCUCUCGGGCGGAUCCCCUUUCCACCGCGAUUGAACCGUUUUAUCUCAAUUUUUGCAAUGUAUCAGUGGUUUUAACACAUCCUGGUGCAAGUGACACGGUGUUUGUUGACGUCUGGCUUCCUACGUCCGAUUGGAACGGCAGAUAUCAAGCCAUGGGAGGCGGUGGCCUGGCUGCAGGCUAUGGCGGACUGAUGUUGGCUGGUCCCUUGAGUGAAGGGUAUCUUACAUCUUCCACCGACGGUGGCCUUACGUUGAACAAUACAGUCGAUCCACAAAGUGGAAAGUGGGCUCUGAAUGAAGAUGGAACGAGUAACGAUGACUUGCAGCUCAAUCUGGCCUGGCGUUCCAUCCACGACAUGGUUCUGCUUUCAAAGGACCUAAGCCAGCAAUUCUACGGCGUGGAACCCUCCUACUCUUACUGGCAUGGUUGUUCUCAGGGAGGCCGCCAGGGUUAUGCAGCAGCAGCCCAGUAUCCUGAAGAUUUCGAUGGCAUCCUCGCAAUAGCACCAGCUAUUUACAUUCCUGAACUGGUGGUUGCAGACUUCUGGCCGCCAGUUGUUAUGCAAAACAACACUGUUCCUCCCUUCUGUGUGCUAGAAGAAUAUCAAAGAGCCAUCAUCGCCAAAUGUGAUCCAUUGGAUGGUGUGACUGAUGGGUUGAUAUCGGACCACGACCUUCUCGAGAGUUGUCCAUUUGAUCCAGAUACUCUUGUUGGGCAUACAGUGUCAUGCAAUAGUGCCUGUGCGACGCUUGACAUUGGAAUCUUGAUGGAAAUGGAUGUGCCUUGUGAAGGGUUGAAGGAACUAACGAUCACGACUGAGCACGCAACUGUGGUCAGGGAGAUUCUUCAAGGACCUCGAACCUCGAACGGUAAACCACUUUGGUACGGUUUAGCGCCUGGUGCAGCAUUCUUUGCUGUCGCGAAUACCAUUGAGGAUGAAGACGGCAACUGGAUACCGAGUCCUUUCAUCGUCGCAAAGAGCUGGUUGAAGUAUUUUGUCUUCAAACAUCCAGACUACGAGACGACAAAAAUGAGCACUGCAGACUAUGAAAAAGCAUUUGAUAUCUCAACUUCCCAACUUGGUGAGUUAUGGGGUAACCAGCACCUCAACCUCACAGCAUUCAAAGACGCUGGAGGUAAACUACUGACAUGGAUGGGCCUCGCCGAUGAGUACAUACCCCCGAACGGAAUGCUACGAUUCCGCGAAAAUCUGGAGAAACAAUUUGGAGGCGCCGAGGCUGUGGACGAAUUCCAGCGCUUGUUUUUUGCUCCUGGUGCUGGACACUGUUCUGGUGGCCAUGGACCGCUUCCUGUAGAUCCACUCAUCGCCUUGCGAGGCUGGGUGGAGAAUGGAACGGCACCUGAAACGCUACCCGCGAUGACCAUAUCACCAGAAAAUGUGAAAGUGUCACGAAACUUAUGUCGAUACCCCAAGAAGCUGAUCUACAAUGAAGGACCAGUAGCUUUGGCGAGUAGCUUCUCAUGUGCUUAG